AUGUAUGUAUAUAUAAACUGUUUGAAUUUCAUCUUGAACAAGUUGGAAAGAUCUCAUCUCCUAUCUUUUAUUUUUCUUAAGUUGUAUUGUUCUGAUUGUAGUUUAUAUACAGUUUUUCUCCGUAUUAGACAAAUACCAAUAGCCACAAAAGCAACAAAAAUAAAACAAUACGACAUGUCUAAGAUCUACACUUACGAAGAAAUUGCUGAACACAACACUACCGAAUCCUCUUGGAUUGUCAUCGAAGGUAAAGUUUACAAUGUUACCAAGUUUUUAGACGAACAUCCAGGUGGUGAUGAAAUCAUUUUUGAUUUAGCCGGUACUGAUGCUACUGAAAAUUUUGAAGAUAUUGGUCACUCUGACCAAGCUUUAAAGGUCUUGAAGACUUUAUACAUUGGUGAUGUCGACAAGAACAGUAAGCCAAUUGCCGUCAAGAAGACUGUUAACGAUCAUGCUGAAUCCGGUGAACCAUGGCAAGGUAAUGCUAACAUCGUCAUGGUUUUAGCAGCUAUCUUCUUCUAUGUUGCAUACCAAUGGGGUAACAAAUAA